ACUACCUCCGAGAUCCUCCCGCGCCCCCGUCCAGCCGCCCUCCGGAUCCGCCCCGCCCUCGCGCAUGGCGCACCCGGCCGCGGACCGCCGCCUCCGCUCACCGCAGCGCUGCGACCACGAGCACCACGGCCGCUUCCUCCGCCCCGGCGCGCUCGCCAGGCUCCGCGACUCCAAGAUCGUCGCCCGCUCCCUCCGCUCCGCCGCCUCCGCGCGCCUCCUCCCGCCCUCCUCGCCCUCUCCCCCGUCGCCCGCGCCGGCCGCGGGCGCCGUGCCGCACUUCUUCUUCGGGGGCGCGCGGGGCGGCAUGCGGUACCCGCUCCGGAAGAAGCUCGCCGCCGCCCGCGGCGUCGUGUUCCUGCCCCCGCCGCCCGUGUCGCCGGGCGCCCUGGAGGCCUUCCUCGGCGCCUUCGCCGCCGCGCCGCCCGAGCUCCUCGCCGCGCACUGAUAGGCCGGCCGGUCGACUCCUGUGCCGCUGGCCACUGCUGCUGCGGGAUGCUUUCGCGGCGGCGCAGUUGGAGCUGGAUGCUGCCGCCCACUGAAGACCAACUGCUGUGCCGCUCGGCUUCGGUAGAUCUGUGUAGAUGCUUCUUUCUUUUCCUUUUAGGAGCUGCAACUUUUUUCAAGAUGUAGGAAGUGCAACCUUGGGAGUACUAGUAGAAAAUAUCUGUGUAAUCUUUUAUGUAAAAAAACAAAGAAAUCUGUGGUCUUGAUCUCUGAA